GGGCCCCCUGCCGCUCGCUCGCUGGCGGCGCGCAUGCGCGGUGCGAGCGCUCUGCCCUCGGCAGUGCCUUGUCUAUGGUGUCUGAGGCCUUUCCGCCAUUUUGUCUGAGGGGACCCCCGAAAAGGAUCCAGUUCCCCAAGGAUCCGCUGCAGGAACGGGCCGACAAGGCCGUGGCGCCUCCGAAGACCCGUCGGGAUGGCGACCACCGAAGCGGCGCAAGGGCUGCCCGGGCCCAGCGGGGAGGAGGCGGCGGUGGCUCCGUCGCCUUCCCUCAGCGGUGCGGCUGGGACGGCGACGCGGCGGCUGGGCGACCUGCGGGUGAUCGACCUCCGCGCUGAGCUGAAGCGGCGCAACCUGGACAGCGGCGGCAACAAGAGCGUCCUCCUGGAGCGCCUCCGCAGCGCCAUUGAGGAAGAAGGAGGAAAUCCUGAUGAAAUUCCAGUGGCUUCAGAAGUCACUAGCAAGAGGACUCCCAAAAGAACCGUGAAAGGGCGCAAACCUGAGGAAGAAGGAGGUGAUGACAAUGGAUUGGAGGAAAACUCACGAGAUGGACAGGAGGAUAUUGAAGCAAGUUCAGACAACUUGCAGGAUAUUGAUAUGAUGGAUAUAAGCAUUUUAGAUGAAGCUGAAAUAGAUAACACUAGUGCUGUUGAUUGUGGAGAUGACUACAGUCCUGAGGACAUCCUUGAGUCUGACAAAGAAAAUAUUGAAGCAGAAAUGAAAGAGCUUCCAGAGCAAUUGAUGGAGAGUGAGGAGAAUGGUGAAGAUUUUGAUGACCAGCUUGAUGCUGCUUCUCCUGAUUUAGCAACUCUGAAGGACUUGGAAGAGCAACAUACAGAGCCAGAAAAUGAGAAAAUGCUCGACAUUUUGGGUGACACUUGUAAAUCUGAGCCCCUUAAAGAAGACGCUUCUGAAGCGGAGCAGGCGCAGGAAGCGAAUAACCCGUUUCCGGGCAAACAGGCAGCCGAGGAAGAGGAAGAAAAAGAAGAAGAAGACACGCUUGUCACCACUGCUCAGCCGGAUGAAGACCUGUUAGAAAUGGACAGCCAGUCAGGCCAGGUUUUGGCCAAGCACGAGGAGGAGGAGGAAGCAAAGCACUUAGUGGUAGAAAAAGGGGAGCCAAGCGAACAGACAGUUGAGGAAACCAAGCUGGACUCUGAUUCUUUAGCGGUAGAGAACAGGAGUGGUGGAGGAGGAGGUGGAGGUGAGAGUAGCAGAGCAGCCCAAACUCUGGAAGCCAGUAGUGAGGAAACUGCGGAGACGGACACAGGUCCCCAAGUGGUUAGCCAAGAUGCGGAGAAGAUGGAAGCGAAGGCUAAUUGUGAGGAAGAGUCCUCUGCCACUAGAGAGUCCUCUGCCAAAGAGGGCGGUGAUCAGAACACGAGUUCUGAAGAGACCAAAGAUGGCAAAUCGGCUUCAAAAGAGGAGAAAGGUCGCAAUAGUGCCAGUUCUGGUCGAAACUUCUGGGUGAGUGGCCUUGCUUCCACCACCAGAGCAACGGACCUGAAGAACCUCUUUAGCAAAUAUGGAAAGGUGGUUGGUGCAAAAGUGGUGACCAAUGCACGCAGUCCAGGUGCCCGAUGUUAUGGUUUCGUGACAAUGUCUGCAGCUGAAGAAGCCACAAAAUGUAUUACCCAUUGCCAUAAAACAGAGUUGCAUGGGAAGAUAAUAUCUGUGGAAAGAGCGAAAAACGAACCUGCCACAAAGAAGCUUUUGGAUAAAAAAGACAGUGAGGUAAAGAAUGAAGCUUCAGCCAGUGAAAGGUCUUCUAGCAUAAAAAAGCUCGAGAAGACUGACCCAAAAGAUGAUGCUAAGAAAGCAGAAGAAAAGGAUGAAAAGGGGAAAGAGGAGCUGCGAUCUGGUUCGGCAGAUCAGUCCAAGACUUCAAAAUCAGGAAGCAAAGGAACAGAAAGGACUGUGAUCAUGGAUAAAUCCAAAGGUGAACCAGUUAUUAGCGUGAAGACAAGCAGAUCAAAAGAGAGAAGCAUCAAGAGCCAGGAUCGCAAAUCAGAGAGCCGAGAAAAGAGCAGAGAGAGGCAAGGGUCUGUGCCCUUCAACAAGAUCAGAGUGAGGCGAGUGACUGCAGAACAACGCCGCGCCCGGGAUCAUCGGGAAAGGCAGCAGCGCUUGCAAGCCCUCUGGGAGCAAGAGGAGAGGGAGCGGCUGGCAAUCACCCGAGAGAAGCUGGAGAUAGAGAGGGCACGCCUCGAGCGGGAGCGGAUGGAGCGGGAGCGGCUGGAGAGAGAGAGGAUGCACAUCGAGCAUGAGAGGAGGCGGGAGCAGGAGCGCAUCCAGCGGGAGCGGGAGGAGCUGCGGCGGCAGCAUGAGCAGCUGCGUUAUGAGCAGGAGAGGCGUGUGGCUGUGAGGAGGCCUUACGACGUGGAUAGGAGGAGGGAUGACCCCUACUGGCCAGAAGCAAAACGAAUGGCCCUGGAUGACCGUCAUCGCUCAGAUUUUUCCCGCCAGGAUCGGUUCCAUGACUUCGAUCACAGGGAUCGUGGACGGUACCAAGACUAUUCUUUGGACAGGAGAGAAGGGUCACGUGGAAUGAUGGGAGACAGAGAUGGACAGCAUUACACUGAUGAAAGACAUGGAGGUCCGGAUCGCCAUUCAAGGGAUGGCUGGGGAAACUAUGGUUCUGAUCGACGCAUGAGCGAGGGUCGAGGGAUGCCCCCACCGUCCCGUGAUGGGCGUGACUGGGCAGAUCACACCAGAAAAUUUGAAGGCCAUCCAGAUCGCUCCUGGCAAGGCAACAGCGAUGGGGAAGCCAUGGGGCGGGACCAUGAGCGGUGGCGAGGUGGGACCCGAGGGAGACGCGGCCACAUAAUGCAGCGAGGUGGAAUGUCUGGGAGGGGAGGAUUCAUGCAGAGUGGUCCUCAGGGCCAGGCCUCACAUGGAGAAGGCUUCUCUGGACAAGACAGGGGAAGCAGGCCCAGUGAUCCUCGGUUUAGCCGCCGCUAUUGAAUGUUUUAGCAUUUUUUAACUGUACAAAUGGCAACAGAUGCGGGAAGAAAAACAUCACACUACUGACCGACUGUGACUUUUCAAGUUAACCUUCGUUGUUUUACUUCCUAGCAUAAUGUGUGAAGCCAUUCAGUUUUUUGUAAUGUGUUUCUGUCAUGUGCUACCCCUACAUGCGCGUGCACACACUCAUCCUUCACCCCCAUUUAAAAUAAAACAUGUUUCUUUUAUGAGGCAUUCCAUUUUCUAUAAAUAAACAGUUUACAAUUACCUA